AUGACGGUCGUGCUACAUUACACAGCAGAUCUCGCUCCAGAAGUCCAAGACAGCGCAUUCUCUUGGAAUGGGCUACAGGCCGUGUCUUACGUCUUCAUCGGAGAAUUCUCCCUCUGGUAUCAGAAUUGGGUGACUAUCUCUGCUGUGAUUGGGUCCAGCUACUAUGUUAGCAUCAUCGAGGCAACCUUCCUCAAAUACGGGAUCAAUAAUCAUGCCUACGCAAAGUACUGUGCAAAGGCCGAUGGAACCAUCAGGAGACGAAAUCCAUACCGCGGUGAACGAACACACUACGGCAGCACCCGUAGUUAG